CCCUGCGCGCUGCCGGCCGUCUGCCUGCUCCUGCCGGCGCUCGCGCUGCUGCCCGCCACGCAGGCUGUCGCGGCGCGCUUCGACGCUCCCAUUCCAGAGACGAUUCACUAUGAGCAGCUGGGGAGGGUGACGACGACGCGGGAUUGGUACCACCCCCGCUACCGCGUCUUCAACCCGACACCAAGGCCGCGGGGAGAGGUCAACGCUACCAUCACUCUCUACACCCGGCAUCUGGCGGAGCAGGGUGUCCGAGUCUGGCCGCUACUACUGAAACCGCCUGCAGAAAGAAACGGCGCAACGGCCGCUCCCACUACGACGGCCAAGACAGAGGAGAAGUCCAAGCUGGAGAUUAACUGGGCAUCGCCAGAGGCGCUGUACGAGAACGUGGACGGCUCGCUACCCACCAGGAUAAUCGUGCACGGCUGGAGGGGCGCCCUCUCCACCUGGAUGAAGGAGAUGGCGGUGGAGUUCCUGAAGCGCGAGCCGUGCAACGUGUUCAUCGUGCAGUGGGACGGCGGGGUCAACUACUUCCAGGCGACGCAGGACAUCCGCGUCGUGGCGCUCGAGAUAGCCGCCCUGAUCAACCACCUCGCGGUGAAGUGCGGCCUGCGGGGGUCUGACGUGCACCUGGUGGGCCACUCUCUGGGCGCCCACACGUGCGGCUACGUGGGCCAGCACGUGCCCGGCGUCGGCCGCAUCACAGGUCUGGACCCGGCAGAUCCGUCCUACACGUACAUGCCAGAGUUCGUACGGCUGGACCCCAGCGACGCCGACUUCGUAGACGUCAUCCACACUGACUCGCAGUCCAUCCUCGGCAACGGUCUGGGCAUGCGGCAGCCGGUGGGCCACCUGGACUUCUUCCCGAACGCGGGCCGCUACCAGCCGGGCUGCGAGCUGUGGAAGGUGCCGGAGGCGGCGCUCAGGAAAGGCGUCCGGGGUGUCGUGUCGGCCGCCGCCGACUUCACCGUGUGCUCGCACUCGCGCGCGCCCAGCCUCUUCACCGAGUCCAUCAACUCGCACUGCCGCUUCCUCGCCUUCCGCUGCGCCUCCUACAUGGCUUUGCACUUGGGCCAGUGUAUUUCAUGUGGCAACAACAUGGAGCGAUGUGCUGUCAUGGGAAUGGACGCGGACAAGUUCAUGCCAGCUGAGGGCUUCUCCCGGAACUCAAGCUUCUUCCUGACGACCGCAAACGAGCCGCCCUUCUGCCAACACCCGUACGCCGUGAGGAUCUUCCCGGCGGACAUGCACAACACGUCGCACUGGGGCCACCUCUCCGUGGAGCUCCGUGGUAUUAGCGGCCUCGUCAAGGAACUCCCUCUCACUGAGAAUGAUGAGUCAGUAUCUUGCUUGCCGACUCGUUUUGUGCAUGUUCGUGAGACACUCUGGUUGACUAGUUUCUCUCCUCAGCGCGCUAAGUUUUAG